ACACUAGCUUCCUUUGGUUUCUUAACCUGAUUCAAUAGUUAGCAAUUUCAGAAACUGAAAAAUGGAGACCAACCAAGACGAACCGUAUAGGCAACUGUUGCCUAAAAUGAUACGACUGUUGCGUAUAAACCCAGACACGUCAGGCCCCGAGGCUGGAAGCCUACAAGAAGUGAGACUCGAUGAAGCGCCUCCAUACUACGCCUUUAGCCACUGUUGGGGCAACCAAGACCAUAACAUAUCCAUUCAGAUUGGGCGACGAAAAUUCUUCGUCUGUGCCGACCUCGCAGCCGGCAUCCGACGACUGCAGGAGCUUGCGAGCAAGAACUCGGCGUUAGACUCUCCCGUCGAGCACGUAUGGAUCGACACCAUCUGCAUCAACCAAGGAGACAUCCCCGAGCGAUCGUCGCAAGUCCGCCAUAUGGAAGACAUCUACACGCGGGCAGUCAGGACGCUGGUCUGGCUUGGGCCUGGAUUCGACUCGUCGCCUCUGGCCUGGGAUUUGGUGGACACGAUCUACAGCGUGUUCAGGAGCCAGCAUCCGACGGCGACGGCCCUGGACGAUAUCCCCGUCAAGCUGUAUUCGGCCUCAGCACACGCAGAGUCCGGCCUCCCCGACUGGACCAGCGCGCACUGGCUAUACCUGAAGCAGCUGUUCAAGCUCGGCUGGUUCUCGCGGACUUGGGUCGUGCAGGAAGUGAUUCUGUCGGCGCAGGAUCCGGUAAUCCUCCACGGACAGCAGCUGUUCCCCUGGCACCGUCUCGAAUGGGCGGCCUCAUGGCUGCGCCGAAACGGGUACGCUCGACUGGCCCAGAUUCCCGAAGAGAUUCUAAACGUGGAUACCAUGGGCCUGCUUAGACGAUCGCAAACAAGGUGGCCGCUCGAUGCUUUGAUGUCUAUAACGCAGAUCAAGUUCCACGCCACCGACCAGCGAGACAAAAUAUACGGCCUGCUGGGUCUGGCGGUCGAGUCCCGUGAUCCGUCGAGCCUGCCUGCUGCUUUGAUCCCUGAUUACAGCAUCAGCACGAAGCAGACGUACCUGAGAGUCGCCCGGUACCUACUCGAGUACAACCGCUCGCUCGCCAUCUUAACCCGCACGCGCGGCACAAGUGGCAGCUUGACCAGGCGACGGCGCCGGCACGAUUUUAACGACUUUCCGUCCUGGCUGCCCGACUGGAGCGACUUCACUGUGUAUAACAGGGACAUCCGACGAAGCCUCUCUUGGAUCGACUAUUCUGAUGUCUCUAAACCCCCUUGUCUGGGCUUUCCAGAGCACUUCAAUGCUUCUGCGGGCUUGCAACUGAAGCUGCACCGCAGCCCAGACAACCUUGUUCUCCGCGUGGAUGGCAUGAGAGUGGAUAAAGUUGUCCAGAUAAUCCCAAUGAACAAAGAGGACGUCUCGGACGCGGAGUUCAGCCAGACAUUCAAGCCGACGAUGCUGUGUGCGUGCGAAGCAGCUCUGCCGCUGUUGGCUGAAAACGACAUCUCGGCGUGGGCAAGCCGCUUCGUCAAGGCGACCACUGCUGAGCAACACCUCCUUGGUGGACGUGAUUGGGAGCAGUGUUUCCGAGACGGGUUAGCAUUCCUGUGCGAGAUUCUGUCGGACAACACGGACCCAAUAUCUCUGCUCUUGCCCAACAAGGACGAGUCCGUGGACCAGUUGCGGCGUCUUUCAGAGGGAGGAGACUCCGAGCAAUAUGCUGCGUUGGCCCGGAACUUUUGCUUCAACAGAUCUUUCCUGGUUACUUCUGCUGGACGGAUGGGGAUUGGCCCGUCGGAUGCUCAAGUGGGUGAUACCGUUGCAGUGAUACCUGGUGGUGGUGUUCCGUAUGUGUUAAGGAAGCAGGAAACUGGUUGGCUUUUCGUGGGUGAAUCGUAUGUCCAUGGGAUUAUGAAUGGUGAGGCGAUUCAAGAAUGUUCUAAAGGUGAUAUUCAGCAGGAGAUACUGGAUAUUCGAUGAAAAGAUUCAGAGGAGUUAUCUCAGGCGGCCUUUAGAACCUUAUAGACUUGACAUGUUAGAGUAUUCCAAAGUCUGUAGAUGCAUCAGCACAGCCAUCUUUACCCGUAUAUAAUCUGUUAUAACACU